AUGGAACCUAGUCAAUUUAACCCGGCGGCGAUUUCGUCGACUGCGGUGGCCUGCCUGAACUGUCGCGAGAAACACCUCAAAUGUGACGGCAACAUGUCCGGCUGUGGUCGAUGCAGGACGCUGAAUCUCUCCUGUUAUUUUGUACCUUCUCGCCGCGGACGCAAAUGUCGGCCGGGUCCGAUCCCCAGUGACUCGUUACUGCCUGUCGAGUCACUCGGUGCUGUUGACACUGACUGCGGGAUGGUCAGCAAACAUCUCGUCGGCGUAUACUACCUGCAUUUUCAUCAAGCACAUCCAUUUUUGGCCCCUCACGAUGUGUUCCUCCAGUCUGCUCCGCCGGUUUACCUCGUCAGCCUGGUCGAAUACAUCGGUCUGCACUAUCUGAUCAGCGAGGUACCAGAUCGCACGGUCUCUCUACGAGCAAACGUCGACGAAGCGGAUCUCGGCAUGGUCAAGGUCCAAGCCCUACUCCUUCUUUCCAUCAUUCUACACGCCCGCCUACAUCCCAUCGAAGCCAGAAUAUGCAUGGCUCAGGCCAUUCAAUGCAGCCUCGAACUCGGUCUCCAUUGUCGCGGGUUCUCGGAUGCCUUGGAGACGCAUGAUCCUGUGCAAGCAGAGAGCGCGCGACGCACGUGGUGGGAGAUAUUUAUCCUCGAUACCCUCCUGGCUGCCGUGCAGGUCGAAGGAUCGCUUCAAUUUACUCUCGAUAUACCCGACGUGCCGCUGCCUUGUGAAUCAGAGGACUACACGGGGUCUUUCUCGGGCGGCGGUUUGACCACGAUCAGCGACUUGGACCGUCAAGCGUUACUUCAUGACGACGCGGACUUAUCCUCCUCGGCGUACCGCGUCGAAGCAGCGGUAAUUCUGCGCAGAUGUCUUCUCGCCGGCACCAGUCAUACCUCGCAAGAGUCGAUGGAUGUCCUCGACGCGACUAUCACCUCGUGGCUCCACCGCGUGCAGUCACGAUGCUACAAUCGCCCGCUCCUGCAACUCACCGGCGAACUAGAACAGAUGACUUUCCAAGCGAUGAUGAUUAUGCAUUGUGCCGCUAUCUAUCUAAAUUUCCCCAGAUCCUCGCUCCUGGCGUUUUUGCCCAUUACAGGUCGAAUCUUCUGUGCGAGUCCACCGAGUUUCUCCUCGAUUACCCUCAACCCGCAGGUUCAUACAUCCAAGGUUGUCGCUGCGGCGACCGGACUCUCGAAGCUGGCUUCGCUGUCCCCUUCGGUUGUUGGACAUACCCCAUUCUUCGUGUGCACAUUGGUUCUCAGCUCAGUGAUUCAACUGGCUGUGUUAUCGAUAGAGGUUCCGCAGACGACGAGUGCAGUGCGUCCCUACCUGGGAUUGAAUAUCGGGACAUUGAAAGCGAUGGAAAAGCUAUGGGCUAUUGCAGCCGUAUCUAUCGAGAGAAUACGAAGCGUAACAAAGGAAGUGGAAGACGUGCUUACCGGUGGAUGUUUUGCGAAUCUCAUUGAAGAUGAGACUGCCCUGUUGGAUUGUAUGACAUGA